AUGCCAUUUUAUCACAAACCACGGGAGUUUACUCCACUUUUGAUAGCGGCGCAAAAGAAAUCCAUAAAGAAUGGUCUUCGCCACGCGAUUUUUACGUCGAGAGGCGACAAAUAUAUCGGGGAUUGGAAGAACGAUGUGAAGGAAGGUAAAGGCAGAUUCUUGACUGCAGGAGGAAAGUUGUAUGAAGGCGACUGGGUCAAAGGCUGUAGGCAUGGUUUCGGUUUGCUCAGCCAACGGCAAGAAAAUGGAACGUUUAAACUGAUAUACCGCGGUGAGUGGGCUCACGGCUACCCUGAGGGUUCCGGCUGGAUGUACUACGACUCCGGAGAUACGUACAUGGGGUUCUUCAAAAGAGGAAUGCGACAUGGUUACGGAAACAUGUGGUACAAAGACGGCACUUUCUUUGCCGGCUACUUUUAUAAGAAUAUGAGACAUGGCAUUGGUUUGUUUUUACAAGCUGACGGGAACAGAUAUGAAGGACAUUUUGAAAAUGACCUUAAAAGUGGUUACGGCCGAUUCUACCACAUGAUGACCGGCCAGAUUCAGGAAGGCUGCUGGGAAAACGAUGUCUGUGUCAUGUCUAAGAUGUCAGAUAUGCUGGUGAGGCAGGCUUGCGAGAGACCCACGCCUUAUCCUAUACCAGUGGUUGAAUUGAAAUUCCCGAAACUCGUUCUUGAACACAGCGAAUUUUGGAUGAAGCAGAAAACGGGUGAAUACGACAAAAACAUCAAGAAAUGCAUCGACCAAAUGUAAUAGAUAUAUUAAGACAAGUGUUUUACAAGAUCAUUGAUAAUAACAACAUUGUAAAAUUAUUUCUUAUAUAAAAUUCUACGGGUUACCAUUUUAGAUAUACAAUAUUAUUACUAAAUACACUUAUAUAUUAACAGAUUUAUUAAUGUCAUUCAUUAUUAUAUCACAGUACUUAUUGGAUUAAGUAAUAAAUACAGUCAAUAUCAUGUUAUUGCCCUAAGUUUUCGGCUUACAAAUUAAUACAUAUCUGUGUACAGCGCAUCUCUAAUUAAAAUAAGGUACACUGGUGUAAUUGGCCACCGAUUCAAUGCUACUUUAGUACCUACUUACUGUGGUAGAUGAUAUACCUAAAUAAACAUAAUUAUUUAAAAUGUAUGACGUGUCCCUAACUCUACACUCACAGAUUAGUGUAAUAAAAGUUUGCAGUAAAUAAAAAAAUUGCGUUUAAUUUUUUUUCUGCAAACUCAACAUUUUUUUACAAGUGCGUCAAGUUUCGAGACGAACCGGGGCCCAUAAUCAUGAGACCCGUAAUAUAAUAACGAAUAAUUGAAAUGGUAAUUCUCUAUGAAACAAAUUAUGUGACGAUCAUAUAGGUAAAUAUAAUACCUAUCUAAUGUAGUAACUGGCAGCCAUCUUAUCGUGUUGCAUAAGUCUUGAUUCAUAAUAAGUAAUUACUUAGACGAACUAUUAUGAAGUUCGUAUCUACUAGUUAGCGUGGCUUUAUGGUAUUUAUCGCUAUUCGUACUUAAGCACGUUUACGUUAAUUGUUGAUUAAACGUGAGACUUACUAAACAAUGAUUUUCAGUGUUUACAAAAUUACGUCUGUUACCAAAACUAGUAAAGGUUUCGAUAGGAAGUUUUCA